AUGAUAGCGUCAAUUAUUGCUCUAUACAUUUCGUCUUUUAAUGCAGCCGUAAAUUUCUUUACGCGUCUCGUAUUGAUUUUAUUGACUGCGUGUGUUUAUCAUGGUUUUGUUUUGGCUGAAGUUUUUUUAAAUCACUAUUCUGUGUUCUCGCCGUACUUGGCUAAGCCAGUUGGUGGUGUUUUGUGUGUGGUUUCCGAUGUGUUAAGUUAUUUUGUCAGGAUCUGUGCAGUGCAGACAAUCAUGAUGAACGCGUUCAUGCGAAGGUUCCUCCGCUUCAUGGUGUCACUGCUGGCGAUAAUAGUCGUGCCUCUGACAUUCCUGCUGAACCUGAGGAGGAACAAGAAAUGUCCGCCACCCACGAACCCUCUACUCUUUAAGUCCGCUACUCAGUUAGCAGAAAUGAUAAGGACUAGACAGGUCACGUCUGAACAAGUUGUAGAAGCUUAUAUAGAGAGAUGCAAGGAAGCCAAUCCCUAUUUGAAUGCUAUCGUCGAACCAAGGUACGAUGCCGCACUGCGAGAAGCUAGAGGCAUUGAUAAGAUGAUAACGUCGACGGAUAGGACGCCUGAAGAUCUGGAAAAAGAAUACCCGUUGUUAGGCGUUCCUAUGACUGUGAAGGAAAGCAUUGCUGUGGAAGGCAUGAGCAACGAUUGUGGUACAGUCUACCCAUAUAGGAAUCCUGCAAAGAGAGACGCGGCUGUUAUAAGGCUAGCAAGAGCGGCUGGGGCUAUUCCCAUCGCUGUCACCAACACACCACAGCUCUGCAUGAAUUGGGAGACCUAUAACAACGUAAUUGGUAUCACCAUGAACCCGUAUGAUCAGAAGAGGACCACUGGUGGAUCUUCGGGCGGAGAAUCGGCGUUGAUCUCAGCAGCAGGAUCCGUAAUCGGUGUUGGAUCAGACAUUGCUGGAUCUCUCCGACUGCCGCCCAUGUUCACUGGUAUAUUUGGACACAAACCUACCCCCAGACUCAUCUCAGUUGAAGGUCAUGUACCCGACUGCUUAGACCCUGACUUCGAAGAAUACUUCACACUUGGACCUAUCGCGCGCUACGCCGAAGACCUAACACUACUCUUGAAGGUGUUGAGGCAACCUGGUGGUCCGGAGGUGCCUUUUGACAAGCCGGUUGAUAUUUCAAAACUGAAGUUCUACUAUAUGGAUGGUGAUGGCAGUAAUGUGACCGAUCCCAUUGGCCCUGAUGUCAGACAAGCAAUGGAGAAAGCCAAAGAUCAUAUUAAGAAAACGUAUAACAUUGAAGUUAAACCGCUGAAAAUUAAAAACAUAGAACACAUGUGGGAAACGAGCAUCAGAAUCCUGUUAAACAUCAAACACGUCCGCAACAUUUACACGGACCCAGAGAAACGGGACCAAUGGGUCUCAGUAUGGCCCGAAGUGCUGAAGACAUUAAUAGGAAUGUCCAACCACAAUUUCAUAUGCGUAUGCUAUGGACCACUAACAAAAUUCUUUGACGCGCUACCAAAGAGUUACUACAAGAAACUGCUCUCCAUUUUUGAUGAAAUCAAGGCUGAGUUUGAGAAAGUACUGUCCGACGACGUAGUGCUCCUGCACCCAACGUUCCCAACUCCAGCACAUCUGCACUACAGAAUCUACUACAAAUUCCUCAACUGUGGAUAUCUUACGAUGUUCAAUGCGCUCGGGUUGCCUGUCACUCAGUGCCCAAUUGGGCUUUCAAGGAAAGGUCUACCCGUCGGCAUACAGAUCGCCGCCAACAAGUGCAAUGAUCAUCUAACAAUCGCUGUUGCUAAGGAAUUUGAGCGGGCGUUUGGAGGCUGGGUACCCCCGAACAAAGAACUAGCGAACAGUAUAAAAACUGCGUAA